AUGUCUUUUGGAUGUGAUGUUUUUGGUUCUAAAAAUAUAGGGAUUGGAAAUUCUAGCGCUAUAUUCACUUUAGAACUUCUAUUGGGAAGUUCAAACUAUUUAUCUUGGGCUUCGUCAGUUGAAUUUUGGUGCAAGGGUCAAGGUGUGCACGAUCACUUAACGAACAAGACUUAUGUGGUAGAUGUAAAGGCAAAGACUAGUGAGAAAGAUGCAAAAGUCAAAGCACAUUGGGAGAAAAUAGAUGCUCAAUUAUUUAGUCUCCUAUGGCGUUCGAUUAUUUCCAAAUUGAUGCCCUUGUUUCGCCCAUUCCAAACGUGUUAUACAGUUUGGGAAAAGGCGUGUGCUUUAUACACUAAUGACAUUUCUCGAUUCUAUGAUGUGAUAUCUCGAUUGACCAACUUAAUGAAACAAGAAUCCAUUAUGUCUACUUACUUGGGACAGGUACAUGCAAUCAUAGAGGAAUUCGACACGUUGAUGCCAGUGACUACGGAUGUGGAAAAACAACAAGAACAUAGACAAACAUUGUUUCUAGUUCUUACUCUUGCUGGACUUCCUCCUGAUAAUGAUUUUGAAUAUAAUGAGUUCCUUCGAAAUCGCGCAAGUAAACAGUCAUCUCCAGCGGUAGCAUAUGGUGCUCAACCUAAUCAACCAUCCAAUAAUGCUCAUAUUGCUCAGAUAGAAUAUGAUGAGUUCCUUCAGUAUCGUGCAAAUAAGCAAACGUCUCCACAAGUAGUUUCGGUUGCACAACCUGAUGUGUCUGUCACGGCUAUUACUUUAACCAAUGGGAUCCAGACAAAACCAAAAGGGGUUGGAAAAGCCAAACCCCUAUCUUGUGUCACCCUAAACUCUGUUCUUUAUGUUUUUGGUUCUCCUUUUAGUCUAGCAUCUAUGAUUGGAACAGGACAUGAAUCACAAGGCCUUUACUAUCUUACCUCUUCAAAUUCCUUGACAGCAUGCUCCGUUAUAGAUUCCCCAAAUCUAAUUCACAAACGUCUGGGACAUCCGAGUCUAUUCAAACUGCAAAAGAUGCAUUAUACCUUCUUAAAUUAUCAUCGUCUAUCAUCACCCCAUUAUGCCUUUGUGUCGUCUUUGUCCUCUGUUUCCAUUCCUAAGACUACCGAUGAAGCACUUUCUCAUUCUGGAUGGAGGCAGGCUAUGGUUGAUGAGAUGUCUGCUUUACAUAAGAGUGGUACUUGGGAGCUUGUCUCCCUUCCUGCAGGUAGAUCUACUGUUGGUUGUCAUUGGGUUUACGCAAUUAAAAUUAGUCCAGAUGUUCAGGUAGAUCGACUUAAGGCUCGCCUUGUCGCCAAAGGGUAUACUCAGAUAUUUGGGCUAGAUUAUAGUGACACUUUCGCUCCUGUGGCUAAAAUAGCAUAUGUUCGUCUUUUUCUAUCUAUGGCUAUCGUUCGUCAUAGUCCUCUUUAUCAGUUGGACAUAAAGAAUGUUUUUCUGUAUGGUGAUCUUGAGGAAGAAGUCUAUAUGGAACAAUCACCUGGUUUUGUUGCUCAGGGGGAGUCUAGUAGCCUUGUAUGUCGAUUGCGUAGGUCAAUCUAUCGUCUGAAACAGUCUCCUCGAGCUUGGUUUGGGAAGUUCAGCACAGUAAUUCAGGAGUUUGGCAUGAAUCGUAGUGGAGCUGAUCAGACUGUGUUUUAUCGACAUUCUGCACCAGGUCGAUAUCUAUUUGGUUGUUUAUGUUGA